UAGUUUGAAAGUUUGGGGGGGUUGAAAAAAAAAAGAUGAGCAGAAUUUGGCGAAGUUUCAUGCAACUUCAAAGACACGUGUCUGUGAUGUAGAGUCAUCGUCAGAGAUGGCCUUUGAAGAUUAUUAUCACAGACAUAUUUUUACACAUAGGUCUGGUUCUGUGAUGUAAUUCAUGAAGUGAGAUAAGCAGUAAGUCAACAUCAUGGACGUUAACACCUGCAGAGCAACAGCCACUAGUUCAUCUGAGGAGAAGUGUUUCAUCUUCUAAAGCGCAGAGUAUUUCACCGAGAAUGGAAGGAGGAGAAGAAGAGGCCAAGGCAACCGACGUAGGCACCAAUGCAACUCUAUGGAUGCCAACCGCUGUAAAGCAACAAGAGCCAACCAACAACAAGCAGGCCUUAAAGAUCUGCGACGACCCAGAAAACCUCAUCCCGUCACACUUGGAGCUGAGCGCCUUUGUUUACCCGCCUCCCAUCAUGGUUUCCGACCUCAUGAUGGACACUUAUGUGACCUCCUUGAUUCACAGCUACCUGGACAAAGGUGGGUCUCGCAGCAGUGAGUUCCGAAGGCCGCUGGUUGAACUGUCACGUCACUUUAUUCACACGGUUGAACUGCACAUCAUGGACUGUAUCAAGCCUGUGCUGGCCGCGUGGCAGAAGAAGAGACAGCUCCUCUACAGCUGGACAUCGGUACAAAGUACCAGCUGCUUCUUCGGCAUCGACGAAGGCCAGAUCCGGUCCAACAUGAAGGACGUCCUUCCGUUGUGUUUCUCUCAAGCUUUAAACACCCCACAGGUGGACUGUAAGAGUCUGCGUCAAUUCACGCGGUUGGUCGCCAAAGACGCCUCCGCAAAAGUGAAUGGUCGCAUUGCCUUGAUGAUGAGUUCUACGCAAAUACACGUCAAAAAGAUUUCCAAGUGCAAGUGCAUCGAUUUCAAAACCAUGGAUAUGCUGGUGGGUCUGGCUGUGGAAAUAAUUGACUGUUUGCAACUUGAUAAGUGCAGAUGCACGCCGCAGAAAUGUGAGAAGAGCAGCACUGCCUCCAUACGUAUCGCUCAUUUCCUACGACCUCACGCCGUGAUCGCAAGGAAGCACCAAUGUGACAUCUCCUACUCCACCUCCGACCGAGCCGUGCUGACAAUCCUGACUGAGGCCGAUGAAGCCAUGAUCGAUGCAGACAUCGAGCAGGCGGAUGACAGCGUCCCAUACUGCGACGACAUCGCCCACUCUGCGUACUCUCACUGCGAAGACGAACCAGAAGAUGCGGAUAACGCUGUCUCGUCUCUAGCUGAGUCAGCAGCAAUGUCUGACGGACAUGUUGAAAGCUACAAACUGCUCAUCUUGGUGGUGACAGAGCUUCUGAUGAACACCAUGAAGAAGGCGCAGGCGUCGUUGUGUCGGGCGGAUUUCAAACGGAUAGUCCAGAACGUGUCAGAGAGGGCGCUGCAGCACAUCAAACUCAGAGACAUCACCGUGAGCAAAGGCAAGAGUUUCAACAAGACCUGUGAGGCUCUGCUCAGCGACCUCUCGGAGAGGUUCGAUUCUGAUGACGUUCUGCUGACGGGACUGCAGCAGGCCGACGAUGUGGUCAUCGCAGCACUGAGGAGCCACCUGACGGCAGCCAAUAAGAAGGGGAACGUUGUCACCAGGUUCUUCUCCGAUGCAGGCAAAGCCAUUAAGACACGCUUACAAGACAUCGUCCGUGGGGGCAACUUGGUGGACAAUCACACACGGGACAUACCGACCCGUCCAUCCUAUUGAGUCGUCCGAUGCCCAGAGCCCAGAUAUGAAGGGUUUAUGACACAUUUCAGCCAAUGAGACAAUUGUAUUUUGCUCGGUGGAAUGAAGUCGUGUGUGGUCUGAGACAAACUGUCGUCAACAGGACAGAAACUUGGCUGAUCGCGAUGAAGAUGGCGGCGUUUUUAAUUUCCCGAAUGGAACUCCUGAGGGUUUAAUAAAGUCCUGUCUGUCUAUCACUAUCUAUGAUGAUAAUGAUGACGGUGGCGAGGAAACCCAAAACCCGAAGAAGGAGUUAAAAACCUUUAGCGACAUUUAGACAUUACUUGAAGACAACAACAUUGUGGCUUUAAACUGUAAUAAAUCUCAGUGAAACUACAGAAAAUGUCUUUUUU